UUAGGUUUACUCAAACUCAAUACUGUUCUAGUUCUAACGUAGAUAAUAAUAUUAUUAUUAUUUAAUUGUUGUUGGCCACCAGUUGUAGUGUAUUGUUACUUGGAGACAACGGCGAAGGAAGGAUGUAUAAGGUAAACACACUGGUCGGUCGUGACCCGGCGGUCGCCAUACACUUACACGACUACUUUGAGAAUGAGCAAGUCGAUAAAAAUAUGCACUCUGGCCAAGAAAAUAGGAGUGGCGCUGUUUGGAGUCAGAGGACCGAUGGGACUGAAAGCGGCUACAAGUCUUCAACGAUCGCCAUACGUGAGCGACCUGGCUGUGUACAGUGAUAUCCAGACCGUCAGCAAGUUGAAUGCACUGAAAGACAUGAAUCCUGCUUGCCGUUUCCGAGCGUACGCUGAUGACCUUUACGUCCGGGACGUGUUAAAAUAUGCAGAUAUUGUAGUAUUGAGUCCCGACGACUGCGGAGACACUACGGGUGACAAGUGCGAUGUGUUCGGCCGGAAAGCUGAACAAAUGGAAAAGCUGGCUAAAGACAUAUCCAAGUACAGACCGGAAGCGUGGACGGUGGUAGCCGAGCGACCUGUCAACUCAAUGGUACCGCUGGUAUCUGAAGUGUACCGACGAAACGGCACGCUCGACGUAAGCACGGUGUUUGGACUUAUGACCACCCAAGUGCUCAAGGCAAAUGCACUAGUGGCUCGUGUUCUGUGUGCCGGCCCAGAGUCCGUCAAUGUGCCCAUCGUUGGAGGUAAUAGCGCUGAAACGUGCGUGCCCAUCGUGUCCAGCGUGUUGCCGCUCGCAGAUUAUUCACCGGACGAGUUAUGUAAACUGUACAAACGGAUUCAAUCGGCGGAAAUUAUCCACGAGGACGGUGUCUCCUUCGACGUUGGCGUUUUCCGGUUUGUCGAUCAUUUGGCCCAAGCCAUGAUGGGCAUGACUUCCGGAAACGAGGAGGAGCCUAUCAAUGCUUUGAUCCGGUGCGACGUGUUGCCCGGCGUUAGGUACAUGUCGACACAGAUAGUUUUGGGCCAACAAGGCGUCAAGAAAGUGCUAAGUUUACCAAAGAUGUCGGCCGACGAGAUGUGCAUGAUGGACAGGGCCGUGGUAGCCUUGAGGGAGGACAUAGAAAUGGGAUUGGCGUUUGCAAACCGCGGCAAAACAAAAUGUCAGCUGUUGAAAGAGUUGUACCCGCCGACUAAAAAACUGGAAAAAACUCCUCGGUCUUGUACGGAAACUAAAUAACAGAAUUUUAUUUUAGAUUAAGACAAUA